UGCUAGGGAGCAUGGCCGAUCUAAUAGGACUCUCAUUGUCUAUCUCCAUGGUUGGUAAUGUUUGAGGAGGUUCUGGGUGGUGUUGCGAAGGAGUUACAGGUGCGUGAGCGAGGAAUCAAUAGUGGCUGCGGUGGUGGGUUUGGGUGUAGUACAGUGGAGAUGAAUAGCUGCAGUGGUGCAGGCGGGGGUGGGGUCGGGAGUAGCGGGAAUCUGAUGGGAAUGGGGAUGGGGAUGAUGUCACCUUUUACAGUGUCUCAGUGGCAAGAGCUGGAGCAUCAGGCCCUGAUCUUCAAGUAUAUGAUGGCAGGCAUGCCUGUGCCUCCUGAUCUCGUCCUUCCUAUUCAGAAGAGUUUUGAGUCCAUCUCUCACAGAUUCUUCCACCAUUCCACCAUGGGUUAUUGUUCCUUCUACGGAAAGAAGGUGGACCCGGAGCCGGGACGCUGCAGGAGGACUGAUGGCAAGAAAUGGAGGUGCUCAAAGGAUGCAUACCCCGACUCAAAGUACUGUGAGCGCCACAUGCACCGUGGCCGCAACCGUUCAAGAAAGCCUGUGGAAUCACAAACAAUAACACAGUCAUCGUCCAGUGUGACAUCAUUGACUGUUGCUGGAACCAGCAGUGGAACUGGGAGCUUCCAGACCCUUCCAUUGAAUUCCUUCGGGGAUACCCAAGGCGCAAGUUCUGGAACCAAUCAGUCUCGUUAUCAAAUAGACACCAUUCCCUUUGGAAUCCCAAACAAAGACUAUAGGUAUCUUCAAGGACUUAAGUCUGAAAUGGGUGAGCAUAGUUUUUUCUCUGAUACUUCAGGAAGCAACAGGGGUAUCCACAUGGACUCCCCGAUAGACAGCACAUGGCCUGCGAUGCCAUCCAGAGUUGCUUCAUUUCCUGCAUCAAAAUCGGGUGAUGGCUCCGUAUGGCAGAAUGAUUAUCCACAGCAUUCAUUUUUCAAUAAUGACUUCCCCUCAGAGGAACCUUUGAAAGAGGAAGGUCAGUCUCUCCGUCCUUUCUUAGAUGAGUGGCCUAAAUGCCAAGACUCCUGGUCAGGUCUGGAGGAUGACCGAUCCAACCAAACCUCAUUCUCCACAACCCAGCUUUCAAUAUCAAUUCCAAUGACUUCUUCAGAUUUCUCUGGAACAAGUUCUCGGUCUCCACAUGAUGAUUGAUAGAAUAAUGUGGAGUCUUGUAGAAGGGCUAGCAUGUGGUUUGUGAGAUGUCGAAGAGUAGCUCGGCAUGUGUUCAUUUAUCUCAAAGUUUGUGGAGUUUCUGGACAGCUCUUUGUUUAAAAGUACGUUUGCAACUCGAGUUUUAGGUCUGAAUAAAUCAGAGACCUGACAAGUAUUCAAGAUUUCUUGGUUAUGUUACAUGAAUAAUAUGAUACAUAAAACUUCCUGUACUUGGCGGCUUUGAUUUAUCCAUUAUUGGAAUAAGAAUGCAGUCUUACG